UGUCUUCGUUCUUUAAGCCUGCGAGAACGUCUUAGUGAAGAGGAAAAGCAAGAAAGGAUCCAAUUAGAGAGAAAAUGCGUCCCUGAAAACACCAAACCCUAAAUCGCGAUAAAGGUUCGAAGAAUUUGCGAAGCAAAGUGAGUUUUGGCGCGGUGGUGGUUCGAAGAUGGAGAUUCACUACAGUAGCAGCUACUUCGAAAGACGCCCCAUUCUCAAGUCCAAGGCUCCCGCAUUUAAAUGGGUUAAAGAAUGGUAUCGAUGAAUUUGUCGCCUCCUGUAAUUUCAAUUUACAUAUUCUGUUUAAAGGUUUUCAAUGUAUUGUUUGUGGUGCGGUAGCUAGAGUGUAUUGGGAAGAUAUAAGAGAGGGAUUUAACUCAAUUCACCGGGAUCAGUUUCUUCCUUCAUUACUGUGUUUAUUGAAUUGAAUUUGGGAAAGUGGUUGGUUUCGAUGUUUGAUUGCGGCUUUGAUGGUUUUAGAUGGAGUGGAGGAGUUUGGAGGGGAAGGAGCAGAGAGGCUAUUUUUCACGUAAAAUUGUUUAUUCUCGUUAUUUGAGAAUAUCUUUCGAAUGAGUGGGAUUAUAAUUAGGGGUUCAUGGGACCUUGAGACCAUUCUCAUUGCUUUUACAAAUGCAUUGGGAAGAAGCAGUGAACCACAGAAUCCGAAUUGUUACCCAGGUCUGUUCUGCCUACAUCGUUACCUACAAACAAGCAAUUUUUUUGUCGUUUUAGACAUUUUUCGAGCGUCCAACGGAGCUCGCUCUUUGAACUCGAUUUACACGAGUUUGAUCGAGUUCAGACGAGUCUACGCAGAAGUGGUCCUACUACGUGCGAGUUAACUAGUAGCUUUUCUUGGAGCGCAGUGUGGAUCUUGAGAACUACAAGUCCAUAGACAAUUUAUGUCCAUGGUCAGUUUAUAUUAUGUUCCUUCGAGUAUUUGGUAUUGCAAGAAAUUCUGGUUUUGUUCACGGUUAUCGACAAGGAUACAUAUACCAGCAGAAGUUUAGUCUGGUGAACAUAAAAUUGAAAUGGGUAAAAGAUAGGACAUUGGAUGUUGUGGUUGCUGCUCAAAGGGAUGUUAAGGCAACUGGGAUCCUUGUCUCUAUAAUUCAUUCUUCUUCCCAAUGCUGCCUCCCAAUAUACCAUCUUUCUCGCUACCGUGGACAACUUGGUCUUCCCAGUGACCUCAAACUCUCUACCUUUAUAAGAAGAUAUCCGAAUAUAUUUGUUGAGUCCUGUUUUCUUGAUAGUGGAGGUUCUCCUGUCCCAUGGUUCAGUCUGAGUCCUGAAGCCUUGGAGCUUCACCACCGGGAAGUCAGCAUCCUUCAGCAAGGUCAAUUGGAACUCAGGGAUAGGCUCUGCAAAUUACUUAUGCUCACCAGUGAUAGGAUCCUUCCACUACAAACCAUUGACCAGUUAAAAUGGGAUUUGGGUUUACCAUAUGAUUACCAAUAUUCAUUUAUUCCAAAUCACCCUGAAAGAUUCUCAUACGUUCGCCUUCCUGAUGAUCGUGUUGGGUUGAAAUUGUUAUUUUGGGAUGACAAGCUUGCCAUCUCAGAGUUACAGAAGAAUAGUUCUCUGCAGCAAAAGGGAGAAGACAUAAAAAAUGGAUCGUUAGCAUUUCCAGUUAGUUUUACCAGGGGUUUUGGUUUGAAAAGAAAAUGCAUGGAGUGGCUGAAAGAGUGGCAGAAACUCCCCUAUACUUCACCUUAUGCCGAUGCCUCUCAUUUGGAUCCCCGCACUGAUGUAUCUGAGAAAAGGAUUGUUGGAGUGUUCCAUGAGCUCCUUCACCUUACACUUCAUAAGCAAACUGAGCGCAAGAAUGUGAGCAACUUGCGUAGACCCCUGUCACUGCCGCAGAAAUUUACUAAAGCGUUUGAACGUCAUCCUGGUAUAUUUUAUAUUUCCAAGAAGAUUGACACCCAAACAGUUGUUCUCAGGGAGGCCUAUUACGGUCAAGAACCUGUGCAGAAUCAUCCCCUCGUACAAAUUAGAGAGAAAUUUGCAAGCCUGAUGAAGAAAGGGCUAUUGGAUAGGAGUAGGGGUGUAUACAAAAGAAACAAGGAUACUAAUUCUGUGGAUGAUUUGAGAAACGCUGAUAAAACUAACCAGAUUAGUUCUAAGGAUAAAUCUGAUUCCAUGUUUUAUGAUCAUGAUUCAGAUAGCCCUCUACAAAGCCCUUGCUGAUAUAUGUGAAUGUGGUAUUUUCUAUUUGGUCACUAUCUUGGUGUGGCUUGGAUUAGUGAGAAUCUUAAAUAUGGCCUAGAUAGGAGCUUUGGAUAUUACUAGUGUUCAGCCACCUCCUCCUGCUACCUUAUUUAUGAAGUUCUGUCAACAUCCAAGCAUAUCAGCAAUGCUAUCAUCUUAACACGGAAGGCCAUUUUCGAAUUAGAUGUAAUAUUCUGUAAUAAGGGUACAGCUCAAUCUCGUUAGAAGAUUUUGGUUUCAAUUUUUGUGUGAGUUGAAAAUUUAGCUCAAAAGCUAUGACUAGAUGCACAUAAUAUCGAAGCAUCUUUUUUUCAAGGGGUUCAUGGGUGGUGGUUUUUACAAAAUCAAAUACUCUUUCUGAAAAACAAUUCAAUUCGAAUGAAUUUGUUAAUUAUGUCCAA